UUUCAAGAUGAAAUUGGGUUUUGUCUGUUAACAAUAUUAAUCUUUAAUAAAAAAGUAAACAGUUGUUGUUCAGUAAACAAUGUCGUUGCCUUUAGAAAAUGUGGCACAGGAUUAUAGUAAAUAUUGUGAUGUCGAUUUAAAUGGAAAACUUCAGCCCAUAAAUAAAUCGAUAGAAGAUAUGCUUGCCAGACUGGAAGAAUUUCAGACAAUGGUAUCAUUUGUUAAACAGGAUGAGACUGAUUCUAAUGAUAUUUUAACUUCAUUGCCGAAUUACAGAAAUGAUCUAGAGGAUAUGUUUAAUAAGAUAGAUACGAUGGAAAGUUUAGUAAUACAUAUGAAAAACAAUUUAGAUAAACUGGAAGAUGAUAUAGAAAAGGCUGAAACUGAACUUGGAUGUAACGAUCCCAAAAAAAAAGUAACCAGUAUUUUUACACCACUUUUCAGAAAAAAUACUGAAAAGAAGCAACCCACACCAAGUCUUGGACUGUUUAAGGUUGAGGAUUAUUUUGAACAGCAAAACUCUUAAUUAUAAUUUUUAUUUCCUAAUGUAUACUUUAUUUUUUAAAUAUAUGAAGACAUCAAAGCUUUAUAUUAUUACUGGUGAUAUAGAAAUAUAAUCGUUAAUAUUAAUUUUAUAUACUACAGCUGUCCUAUUUUUAUACAACUGUAAAAAAAAAUAAAGUUAUU